AUGGAGAGCAAGUCUGCCGAUUAUCUGGACGGAGCUGCUGUUGUGAGCCCUCAGCACCAUACCAAAGAAAUGGAUACCAAGGCAGCGGAUCACCUGGAGGAACUGGGUGUUGUGAGCCCUAAAACUCAAUACUGGAGCGAGGUCACCCAGGACGCGAAGGAGGCCACUGCUGCAGAGCACAGCACGACAUUCUGGCAGGGGAUCAAGUUGUAUCGCAAAGCCGCAUUCUGGUCCUUCAUCGUCUCCAUGACCAUCAUCAUGGAAGGCUACGACACGGCGCUCCUCGGCAACUUUUAUGCGCUUCCUGCCUUCAAGGAAGAAUACGGCACACUCUCCAAAGGCUCCUAUCAGAUCUCGUCGCCAUGGAUGAACAUGCUUUCUUACCUCCAGAUGAUCACAAACAUCAUUGCUGCACAGGCAGCCGGCUCUCUCUCGCAGCGGUUCGGCUACCGACCAUUAUUGCUAGCGGCCCUGGUGCUGAUGGGCGGGGCCAUCUUCAUCACAUUCUUCGCACCGAGUUUGCCUGUGUUGCUGGUCGGUGAGCUGCUGUGUGGAGUCCCCUGGGGCGUUUUUGCGGUGCUUGCUCCAGCAUACGCCUCGGAAGUUUGUCCCGUCGUUCUCCGCGGCUACUUGACGGCGUAUCUCAACUUGUGCUGGGUGAUUGGGCAACUCAUCAAUGCCGGUGUCGUGUAUGGCCUUCAAGACUACCCGGGCGAAUGGUCUUACCGGAUUCCCUUUGCCAUUCAAUGGGUGUGGGUGCUCCCCCUGUUCUGUCUCAUCUUCCUGGCUCCUGAAUCUCCCUGGUGGUAUGUCCGCAAAGGUCGUCUGGAAGACGCUGAGCGGUCUCUGCAGAGGCUCUCGGAAAAUUCGGAUGCAGUCAAUAUCAAGCAGACGGUGGCCAUGAUGCUACACACGGACAAUUUCGAAAAGGAGCAAGAAUCUGGGACCGCAAUCAUCGACUGCUUCAAGGGAUCGAACCUUCGACGAACCGAAAUCGCUUGUGCGGUUUAUGCCAUGCAACCCAUGACUGGCGGGGGGCAGAUCCCAUCCUCAUACUUCUUCGAACAGGUAGGGCUGUCGACCCGACAAUCUUUUGGAAUGGGACUCGGUGCCACUGGCGUUGCGUUCUGCACGACUAUUUUAGCCUGGGUUGUCAUCGGAUUGACUGGGCGACGGCGAAUGCUGCUCGGUGGUAUGAGUGGCAUGGUGAUUGUGCUCUUGAUCAUCGGCUUUCUUGGUCUCGGUCCAACUUCAAACCACGCAAUCGGUUGGGCGCAAGCGGCGCUUGCACUGUUCUUCAAUGUCUUCUACAACCUUUCCGUGGGCACACUGGCAUUCACCAUCUUCAGCGAAGUCUCUUCGACCAGAUUGCGAGGAAGAACCAUCGCCCUGGCCAAGAAUGUGAAUGCUGCAAGCUCGAUUGUCGUGGGGGUCGCGAGUCCAUAUUUCAUCAAUCCGCACAACCUUGACUGGAAGGGCAAGGUGGGUUUCUUUUGGGCAGGAGUCAACAUCCUGUGGAUGGGCUGGGCUUAUUUCCGUUUGCCUGAAUUUAAGGGACGCACGUAUGAGGAGAUUGAUAUUCUCUUCACCAAGAAGGUGAAGGCUAGAGACUUCAAAAAGACCGUGGUCGACUUGGACUCGUGA